UCUCUCUCUCUCUCUCUCUGUCUGUCUCGGUGUCUGCCUGUCUGCGAGAGAGGCUGCUAACUAGCGCAGAAUCAUCAUCAUCAUCAUGGCGGAUCAAGGCGAAUCUCCGGCUCCUGUCCUCCACCCGCAACCGGCGCUGACAACCAGCUGGCCAAUUACCAGGGAGUCGUACGAGCUGCAGGAAGUCAUCGGCAGCGGGGCCACAGCUGUGGUGCAGGCAGCCCUCUGUACCCCCAGACAGGAGCGCGUUGCCAUAAAGAGAAUAAACCUGGAAAAAUGCCAGACCAGCAUGGAUGAGCUUUUGAAAGAAAUCCAAGCAAUGAGCCAGUGCAACCAUCCCAAUGUUGUCACCUACUACACCUCCUUUGUAGUGAAGGAUGAACUUUGGUUAGUCAUGAAGCUUCUGAGUGGAGGCUCUAUGCUGGAUAUAAUUAAGCACACAAACAAAGAAGACGACAGAAAUCGAGCGCUAGACGAGCCUAUUAUUGCUACUAUAUUAAAAGAAGUCCUCGAGGGUCUCGACUAUCUGCACAGAAAUGGACAGAUUCACCGGGAUGUGAAAGCUGGGAACAUACUACUGGGAGAAGAUGGAUCUGUUCAGAUUGCAGAUUUUGGAGUAAGUGCAUUUCUAGCCACAGGGGGGGAUAUGACAAGAAACAAAGUGCGAAAGACCUUUGUUGGCACGCCAUGCUGGAUGGCGCCGGAGGUGAUGGAACAGGUUCGAGGCUAUGAUUUCAAAGCAGAUAUAUGGAGUUUUGGAAUUACAGCCAUAGAAUUAGCAACAGGCUCUGCACCCUAUCACCGCUACCCUCCCAUGAAGGUUUUAAUGCUUACCCUACAGAAUGAUCCACCCACUCUAGAGACGGGUGUUGAAGACAAGGAAGUGCUAAAAAAAUACGGCAAAUCAUUUAGGAAGCUAAUAACUAUGUGCCUUCAGAAGGAUCCUGCCAAGAGGCCUACAGCUGCAGAGCUUUUGAAGUGUAAAUUGUUCCAAAAGGCCAAGAACAAAGAGUAUCUGGUUGAAAAGCUUUUGUGUCACGCACCAAAGAUUUCCCAGCGAGCGAAGAAGGUGAGGAGAGUCCCAGGCUCCAGUGGCCACCUGCACAAGACAGAGGAUGGAGACUGGGAGUGGAGCGAUGACGAGCUGGACGAGGGCAGCGAGGAGGGCAAGGCGGCGGUGAAUCAGGGCAGGUCACGAAGGGUGAAAGAUGAGGCCAAAGAUAAUGAGGAGAACGCCAACAAUGUCCCUAUUGAAGGGUUGUCUAUUCAGCAUCCCCAGGUGGAGCCAUAUGGGGACACACCCUACAUUCAAGGCGCUGUGAACAUGGUACUACGGCUAAGGAACUCCCGAAAGGAGCUGAAUGACAUCCGGUUCGAAUUCACUCCUGGGCGAGACACUGCUGAUGGCGUUUCCCAGGAACUGUUCUCAGCCGGUUUGGUCAACGGGCACGAUGUUGUUGUUGUUGCUGCUAACCUUCAGAAGAUUGUCGAUGACCCAACUACCUACAAAGUAUUGACCUUUAAGCUGGCCUCCGGCUGCGACGACUUAGAGAUCCCGGACGAGGUGAAGCUGAUCGGCUUUGCACAGCUAAGUGUUAGCUGAUGCCCUCUUCAUGCCUGAAGCAGGUGAGACAGUGGGGAGACAGUUCAGGGCAGACAGACUGAGGAACACACCACCACUUUCUGCAACAUUUUCCCCAGCACCCUCCCUGAAAACUCACUACCCCCUCCUUCCUCACUCCUUUCCGCCUUCCCUGAGCCCGGGCUUGGCCACAGCCCCGCCUACACUUCCUUAGCGCCGACAUCCCUGCUCACUGUCCCCUGACCUUUAACCUUUCGACAUUCCACCGCCUAGCGCACAAUGCGGGGUCAGGAAACAGCCCAGGAACCUAAAGAUGUACUCAGGUGGUGACAAAAGGUGAUUAAGAUGUAGCUUUGAAUGUUUUAUUAUUUUUUUCUUUUACUCAUUUUUUUGUUUUUCAUCACAUUGCCUUUGUGUUCAGCAAUGCUCUCAUUAUUUAUUGAAAUGAGAAGGUGUUUUUAUGUUGUUUUCUCAUGCUGUUUAGUUGCCACAGUGAAAACAAAUUGACUCGCAUCUCACAAACACACUCAUUCGUGAUGUUUCCCUGAGGUCUUUGUCAGAAUGUAAGAUUUAGUUAAUUUAUGGAGAAAAGCACAUUUUCAGAAUAACAUAAUGAAUGUCUACAAAGAGGAUGAAUUGUAUUUGUAUGUGGAGACCUGUUUUACACUGACAAGAAGGGAACCAUUUGCUCGAGAGUGCAGGAGGAAAAAAAAAGAAGAGACCAGGAUGCUACUGUGUAUAAUUUGCUGCUCUCGACAGUGCUAAUGCUUCAAAAUGUUAGCGGUGCCUUGUUCAUUUUUCUGUGCCUAAGAAAGUAGACAAUGAGUGAGACUACACAAAGAGCAGAACCUGCUGAUUACCAAUUCAGUUCAAGUCAAGUAUCUUAACUUAAUGAGAGAAGCUACAAUGCACUUUUGGGCUGAGUGUGUGUACCCAACAAGCAGAUGCUUAGCCCGGGGAGACAAGUUAACUUGUGUGCUUUUGUCAUCAGACAAAUAAAACCUAACGAAACCUGCAGUCGAUGUAAUCUGCUCUGGUUGUUGGUAUUCAGAUGCCAGAUUAAACGACAAAACCACAACAGUUUUUAUUUUCUUGCUCUGUCCUGCUGCACUACAAAACCCUUUGUUCCCAAAAAAAUAUAGAACAAACCCGAUUCCAGAAAAGUUGGGACGUUGUGUAAAAUGUAAAAAAAAACAGAAUGCAAUGAUUUGCAAAUCUCAUAAACCCAUAAUUUAUUCACAGUAGAACAUAGACAACAUAACAGAUGUUUAAAGUGAGACAUUUUACCAUUUCAUUCAAAAAAUUUGAUGGUGGCAACACAUCUCAAAAAAAUUGGGACAGGCAACAAAAGGCUGGAAAAGUAAGUGGUACUAAUAAAAAACAGCUGGAGGAGCAUUUUGCAGAUAAUUAGGUUUAUUUGAGGUCACUAACAUGACUGGGUAUAAAAAGAGCAUUUUAGAGAGGCAGAGUCUCUCUGAAGUAAACAUGGGCAGAGGUUCACCAAUCUGCGGAAAACUGCAUCUAAAAAUUGUUGAACAAUUUCAGAAGAAUGUUUGUCAACGUAAAAUUGCAAAGACUUUGAAUAUCCCGCUAUCUGCAGUACAUAAUAUCAAAGGAUUCAGAGAAUCUGGAGAAAUCUCUGUGCCCAAGGGACAAGGCCGAAGGUCAAUAUUGGAUGCUUGUGAUCGUCGGGCCCUGAUGCGGCACAGCAUUAAAAACAGGCAUGAUUCUGUCCUGGAAAUCCUGGAACUGCAUGGGCUCAGGAACACUUCCAGAAAUCAUUGUCCAGGAACGCUGCCGUCUUCUCUGGGCCAAAGCUCAUUUAAAGUGGACUGAAGCAAAAUGGGAAACUGUUCUGUGGUCAGAUUAAUCAAAAUCUGAAAUUAUUUUUUGGAAACCACGGACACCGUGUUCUCCGGACUAAAGAGAAGAGCGACCAUCCGACGUGUUAUCAGCGCACAGUUCAAAAGCCUGCAUCUCUGAUGAUAUGGUGUUGCAUUAGUGCCUAUGGCAUGGGCAGCUUACAGAUCUGGAAAGGCACUAUCAAUGCUGAAAAGUAUGUACAGGUUUCAGAACAACAUACGCUCCCAUCUAGACAAUGUCUCUUUCAAGGAAGGCCUUACAUAUUUAGGCAAGACAAUGGAAAACCACAUACUGCAUCCAUCACAACAGCAUGGCUUCGCAGUAGAAGAGUCUGGCUGCUGAACUGGCCUGCCUGCAGUCCAGACCUUUCACCAACAGAAAGCAUUUGGUGCAUCACAUAACGAAAUAUCCAGCAAAGAACACCCAGGACUGUUGAGCAACUAGAAUCCUACAUCAGACAAGAAUGGGACAACAUUUCUCUCCAAAAACUCCAGCAAGUGGUCCCCUCACUUCCCAGAUUUUUACAGACUGUCGUUAAAAGAAGAGGGGAUGCUACACAAUUGUAAACAUGUCCCUGUCCCAACUUUUUUGAGAAGCGUUGCAGCCAUGAAAUUCAAAAUGGUAAUUUUUUUUUAGUUUAAACAUUUGAGGUAUUUUCUAUGUUCUAUUUUGAAUAAAAUAUGGGUUUGCAAAUCGUUGCAUCCUGUUUAUAUUUACAUUUCACACAGCGUCCCAACUCUUUCGGAAUUGGGGUUGUAGUUACUGAAAUGUACUGUAUGACGAUGCACCUGAGGAUGAAACCAAAAGGCAACUAUUGAAAGGGUGACGAGCCAUUUGUUUGUCCAAAGUCCAGUAGCUCUAAAUUAUUUUUAAGUAUUGAGAUGGUAAAUAUUAACUUCUACUAAAUUCUUUAUUAUGAAGUAAUUUAUUGUGUUUUCUAUGUACAGUAUGUGUACCAUUUCAGCAUAUUACUCCUAUUCCCUCUCUGUAAUCAGCUGAUGUCAAAUUUCUGAUGAGAAGCAACAAUAAAGAAUAGCUAUUAUUAAAAAAAAA